GUGCAGAACUGAUCUGCAGCCUGUGUCUCGCGCGGCACGUGGAUGGACGCGGUUCCUCUCUCAGCACGCAUCAUGCAGGAAACGUUCAUGUGGACUUUUGACGAGAUGAUAUCUGAGGAAGACCUUUCCUUUCCAUCCCAUGCCUCAUCUCUUUAAUCGGACAUUCGGAGGAUUUCCUUCAUAACACCUGAUCGCUCUCUACCCCUCAGAUACAGUUCUACUAUUAUGGCAUCUGUGCUCCAUCCUGUCCUGUUGCUUCUACUUCCGUUACUUCAUGUUCAGUCAAACUUCCAUCAGAAGCCCCAGUGGCCUUUGCAGCGUGUGCCUGUGGUCCUUCCUCAACAGACCGAGGAGCGACCGCCCCCUCAUUUUAUCGGCCCAGCUCAUCUGGAAGUGACCUCUUCCUGCAGUCCUGAGUGUCACAAGAAAGCCCCAACACCCAGCUACUGGGACUUGCGACGAUUCCUGUCCUACGAGACUCUCCACUCAAAUGGCCAUCUGACUGAGACAGUUGUGGGAAUCUACGGCUUCGACCCAAAUACGCUGAAGAGCGCUGACGCUGAGCAGGGACGGUCCAGAGCCAAGCGCCAGAUCUUUGGUCACGAUGAUCGCUUCAGCAUUGUGGGCCAGGACUACCUGCUGAACUACCCCUUCUCAACUGCUGUGAAGCUGUCCACCGGGUGCUCAGGCACGCUAGUGGGUAACCAGCAUGUUCUCACUGCAGCCCACUGCAUCCACGAUGGAAAAAACUACGUCAAAGGUGCACAGAGGUUGCGUGUCGGUUUUCUGAAGCCACGCCAAAAGGACCCACCAUCUAACAACAGCACUGCCAACAAGAUGAAGUUCCAGUGGAUCAGAGUCAAGCGCACACACGUGCCCAAGGGCUGGAUAAAAAGUAACGCUAAUGACAUUGGCAUGGACUAUGAUUACGCCUUAUUGGAACUCAAGAAGACUCACAAGCGCAAACACAUGAAGCUGGGAGUGAGUCCUUCUGCCCAGCGUCUACCUGGUAAACGAGUGCAGUUCUCCGGCUUUGACAACGAUCGAUCUGGCCAGCUGGUCUACCGCUUCUGUGGAGCUGGAGAUGAAACUUAUGACCUUCUGUAUCAGCAUUGUGAUGCUCAGCCUGGCGCUAGCGGCUCUGGAGUUUAUGCCCGGAUGUGGGACCGCAGACGCCGCCGAUGGGAGAGAAAGGUGAUCGGCAUCUUCUCAGGACACCAGUGGGUGGACCUCAACGGAGCACCACAGGAGUUUAACGUCGCAGUGCGCAUCACUCCUCUUAAGUAUGCCCAGAUCUGUUACUGGAUCAAAGGGAAUUAUGUGGACUGCAGAGAAGGCUGAAUUAAUCUUCCUUAUUACCCUUGCGUUAAGUAAAGUUUUUUUGCAUCCACUAGAUUCAUUCAAAUGGAGUUGAAACACUUAGGAAUACAUAAAAAAAAAAAAAAACACUGGCAUGUAAACACUGAAUUAACUCAACGCACCCAUUCAUACUGUCAAUCUUCAGAAAUUACAAUCAUUUCUACAAACCUGUCUACAGAUAAUUAACCAAAUAAUUUUGUCUUCUCUAGUUGCAUUCAUACUUUCCAAUAGCAGAGCUGAAACUUAGGAUUCAAGUCAACAAACCUGCACUUAUUCUUUUAUAUAGAGCAAAAUAUAACAGGGUUGUGAACAUGAACGGACCUGACGGCACCAAAGACGGUUUUUAACGCCUGUGGACUUCUCCAGUACAAAACACUGUAGGCUGUAAACCUAGAAUGUAAAUCAAUUUCAUCAACGGUGCUUUCUAAAUAGCUAUCCGAGUCAAACGUACAGAAGUAAGUCUUUGACUACUACAUACUGUAUAUGAACUCUGCGUGUGAUGGCAUGUGGUUACUGAUCCAUUAGCGCCACCUGGUGGUCACUGAGGUUACAUUAGGUGACCAUAACAAGCUUCACGUGUCAGUCAAUGGUAGUGGAUGGAAGGUCCUUAAGACUCAUCACAGAAGUUUUUUUUUUAUUAUUAAAUAAGUACUUGGAGACGCAGACAUUACAUCCCUUAAACCUUAUUUACCAGCGUCAGCACCUAAAGCACUUUGAAUUUUUAAAUUACUGAUUUCUUUAGUCAUUAACAGCUUUGUAUGAUAAUUCACUCUGUACUAUACAAAUGUUUAUUAAAUGCUUUUUGAACAGAAUACGUCAUAAAAAACGUGUAACCGUGGACGCAGACAUUUUAUACGAUACGAUUUUAUACGACGUGAAUCGGGGCUUCUUUUGCUCAGAUGCUCAAAAAUAUAUAUGAAGCAUUUUUGUGUUACAGCUCCUGUCUGGCUUCUGAUGGAUGAAGAGAUAGUUAGAUAGAUAAAUAUAUUUAUACACACAA